AUGCCUACUUUCACAACCGACACCUCUCAAACUAGCACUGUCAGUAACAUCAUCAAUAUAUUUGCUAUGUCUCUUCCGUCUCGCUUCUUUUCUGUCAUUUCGCUAUCUAUCUGUUUGUUCAUAUCUAUCUAUCUAUCUAUCUAUCUAUCUCAAAAAGAAAUAAAAAAUGUCUGCAUAUUUCUAUCUAUCCUUUCCUUUCCUUCUCCCUCUUUUUUGAUACUCCAUCAGUUUCUCUCUCUUGCUCUUUUCCUUUCUCUCGCUCAUCUAUCUUUUAUCUAUCUUUUCCUUUCCUUCUCUCUCUGUUUUUGCACUCCUUUCAGUCUCUGUCUCUCUUUCCAAAUCUCUCUCUUUCACUAUCUAUCUAUCUAUCUAUCACAGUCUAGUUAUUAUCUACCUAUGUAUCUAUCUAUCUCAGUCUACUUAUCUAUAUAUCUCAGUCUACUUAUGUAUCUAUCUAUCUAUCUAUCUAUCUAUCUAUCUAUCUAUCUAUCUAUCUGA